CCAAACAAGUUUAAACACAAGAAAUUCUUAAGCCUAAAAACGACAAAUCUAUUGAUUAUCCCUCCCUUUCUCUCUGCCUUAGAACAAAAGCUAAGGCAGAGAGGCUAGCCAGUAGCCAUCCUGCAGUGCUCGGCCUCCUCAGAUCAACAAAACAAAAACGAAAAUAAAAAAAUUGUAAUAGAAAAAGAAAGAGGAAAAUGGUUUUCCAGGAUUUUGAUCAAAUAUCAGAAAGGAGGAGGUUGGAGAGACAACGCAAGUUUCGGAAGAAGCUUAUCAUUGCUUGUGUUGUUGCGAUCAUUUGCAUUGUCCUCAUCGUCGCCUGUGCUUAUGCAUAUGUUGGGCAGGAGAUGAAAAAUAACAAAAACAAGGAUGUGGAUGACCACCAAAAGGCUACCAAGGCAGGAGAUUCAGACCAUCAGGAAGAUCAAGCUACUAAAAAGGGCGCAGAUCCAACACCACAUGAUGAGAAAGAAAAAGGAGGAGACGACAAAGAAGUAGGAGGGGAUAUUAUUAAGGGGACAAGUGGCAUUGCUAACGUUCAAAAAAUGGUGAAAACUGUUUGCAAUUCCUCCACUUACCAAACUAGAUGUCAAACCACAUAUGAUGAUGCAAUCAAGAAAAACUCCUCUAUUACGCCUGAAGACUUCAUCAAGGUUUCAAUCCAGGCAGUGAGUACAGAGAUUCAAAGCGUUAUGGAAAAGAUUAAUAACAUGAAACUAGAUGACCCUAAGGUUCAAGGAGCAUUAGAAGAUUGCAAGAAUUUGAUCGUGGAGGCAAAGGAUGAAUUAAAUAGUUCGAUUUCUAUGGCUGGACAAGACCUUAAGAAGAUGGCUGAUAACGGGCCAGAGCUAAAGAAUUGGCUUAGCGCUGUGUUAUCAUAUCAACAAACCUGCAUUGACGGGUUCCCCAAUGGCACGACCAAAACAUACAUGGAAAAGAGCUUUAAUGCGUCCAAGGAGUUCACAAGUAACUCACUCGCUGUUGUAGCAACAUCCAAUUCAUUGCUCUCGGCGCUUAACAUUGUACUGCCUGGAGGUGCUAGUCGUCGGCUUUUGGAAAAUGAAUCUUCUUUGGAUGAGGAUGGUUUUCCGAGUUGGUUUACUCACGAAGACAGGAGGAUGCUAAAAGGUGCUAGUGCCGACAAGCCGAAGCCCAAUAAAGUCGUUGCUAAAGAUGGUAGUGGAGACUUCAAGACUAUUAACGAUGCAAUCAAAGCCAUUCCUAAUCAAUAUGAUGGAAGGUAUGUCAUUUAUGUAAAGGAAGGGGUAUAUGAAGAAAGUGUGACCAUAGAAAAGAGGAUGGAGAACCUUACCAUCUACGGCGAUGGGUCGCAGAAAAGCAUUGUUACUGGAAGUAAGAAUUUUGCUGAUGGUGUUCGAACUUUCCAGACUGCAACUUUUGUGGUACUAGCACACGGGUUUUUGGGCCAAGCAAUGGGAUUUAGGAACACGGCUGGGGCAGAAAAGCACCAAGCUGUGGCUAUCCGGGUACAAGCAGAUAAAGCAGUGUUCCUAAACUCACGCUUUGAAGGCUACCAAGACACACUCUAUUCUCAAAACCAUCGCCAAUUCUAUCGUAGCUGCGUGAUUGCUGGGACUGUUGACUUCAUAUUUGGAGAUGCAGCAGCAAUCUUCCAAAACUGCUUGAUUCUUUUAAGAAAGCCAAUGGCUAACCAACAAAAUACGAUCACAGCUAGUGGAAGGAUGGACAAGUUUCAGAGCACAGGCUUUGUACUCCAAAAUUGUAGGAUUGAGCCCGACAAGGACUAUGAUAAGAGCAAGACAAAAAGCUACCUUGGGCGACCAUGGAGGGACUAUUCUAGAACAGUGGUAAUGGAAUCAACGAUCGAGGACGUGAUUCAGCCGGAAGGAUGGUUGGCUUGGGAUGGAGAUAAAGGGUUAAAGACAUUGUAUUAUGCAGAGUUUGGCAAUGAAGGACCAGGAUCAAAAACAGAUGGUCGAGUUAAGUGGGAGGGGUUUCACGUGAUCAAUCGAGAUGAGGCCAUGAAGUUUACAGUGGACCCUUUCAUACAAGGAGAAAAGUGGAUUGAUGACAUUGGUGCGCAAGUUAAGUUUGGAUUGUUUAGUUAAAUUAUCAAAGGCAACAAAUUAAAUGAGGAACAUGCAAAGAAGCUUUGGUUGUUUGUUUAAUAUAUUAUAAUGAGCUUUCACGCACAACGUAGAGAAGUUAAAACAUGAGAAAAUAUUAAUUUCCAAACGCAAAGAGAUUAAUUGAAAAGUGCAAAAACUGAGUUUUGGGAGGAUGUUGUUGUGGCUUAUGGCCAACACUUUUGUGUUCCGCUUAAUUUUUUACUAUUUGGACACAGAAGACAUUGGUCCAUACACGCUAUAGUAAAACGAGAUAAAAUUUUAUCUCAUUUUGUUUUCUUUUGACGCAACUCGUUGUUCUAUCUUGUGUUUUUUGUAAUCCCUUUUUCUUUUUUGCAAAGUAUUUUUAAUCUUUAACAUCUCUGUAAAAAAGCAUGUUAACAAAAUAUUAUAUUUUUCCAAGUUCUCAAGAAAAAUAAAUUCAUCUAUUCUUUACCUUUAGAAAUGUAUAGACAUGUUUAGUAUGAGAAAAGAAGAAUCAUGAUGCAAUUAAAAAAUACCUCAUUUAUAUUUCUUUUUUUUUUACAAUGAAUUAUUCACCCUCCCCCUUAGCAAUCAAUUUAACUAUAAGCAAUACCAACAAAGUAAGCAACAAGUAAAGUAGAACAAAAAUGAAAUUUUGUUGGUGCAUUAAAUUGUCCAAUUAUAUUGAUGACUCAUAGUUUAAACAUUUCCCCUUAUAUUGUAUUAUCGUAAGCAUGUUUCUGGUUAAUUUUAAUAGUUUUUCACUUUUAUGUUGGUAGUAUUGCAUUGUGUUUUUUAAAAUCCACGAAUGGAUUAUCUUUGGAUGAGAAAUGAACUAAUAAUUAUGAUUUUUCAAUACUUGAUGUCUUGAGGAUCAUCUACGACAGAGUAUAGAGAAAAGAGAACUUUAACGGAACGAGCAGAGCUUGAAUUAGAGUAAGUAUUGAUUAGGUAGUACAUAUACGGUAUAAUGUUAUAGCAUAUCUUGCAUGAACAUGCAUAUUGGCAAAAUAAACAGAAUUGAAUGAUUACUGAUGAACAAGAUAAACAAACUCCACAUACAGUAAUCAUUGUUAUUUUAUGGAUAACAAUCCAGUGUUUGCCUUUUGGUGCCCAAGGUAAAUAAAAUAAUUUCUUCCAUGAUAGAAUGGAUUUACCUUAUUGGUGUAGAUAUACUUCACAUUCUAACAAUCGAUGAGCACAAUGAGUAGAGCGAAUCAUAUGAAACAUUUUAUGUUUUGGAAGAGCGAAGAAUUUUUUUUCCAGUAGAGUUUUGUGCAAAAGAACUAGUGAUGAAAAUAGUGAAGAUAUGGAAAUUUCUAAGGAACGAGAGGAUGCAAUCUGAAGAGUAGCAUGGAUUCAGGUAUAACAUUUUUAAAUGAGAAUUGCACUGGUUCGAGCGGCAGUUAGUCCAAAAGAAAUAAUUGGGACGAUUUGGGUGUAGCCUGUUAAAAAAACUAAAUUUCAACCAAUUUGGUAUAAAAAAUGUUAAUAAAAUAAAAUAUUUUGCAAGGGCCCAAAUACACAUCCUUUUACUAGCUAUCCUGGUCUUCAACACUAAUUUACGAGAGCAUACCAGGUGCAUAACCUUGAUCUGCACAUUCCUAUAAAACUCCACAUUAUACAACUAAAGUACAACAUUGUACCAUUAUGGUAAACAUCGUACCUGAUAUGCUAUAAAACAGGUAGAAUUUA